AUGCUGCGGCGCCAUCCACAUAUAGGGUCGUGCCGACCACCUCGCCAUCGGCGUUUCGACCGUGAAGAGCAGCGCCCGGCCAACGUCACGCUCCUUCAGCACCGCCGCCAGCCAGCGUUCAGGUAUCUUCAUCAUCGAGACAUUGGCGUAGAAAGAUGUUCCAAAGCCCACCCUCGCGCGCCGCCUCGACCAGCGCGGGCAGAUCAUCCUCGACAAAGGGCGCAAUGUCACGUGACGACCUUUCAGUGUCGGCGUCUCUGCCCAGACAUUCAUUGCAACCGCCCCUCAUGCAAGCGGACCACCCGGUCCAUCUUCAGCGCCAGCCGUUCGUUAUGCGUCGCGAUCGCUGCCGAGCCCCUGCAGCACCAGCCGCAGGAACUCGGCCAACACCGCUUCGGACGUAUGCUCGUCGAAGUUACCGGUCGGUCGUCCGCCAGCACCAGCGGCGGCUGGUUCGCAAGCGCACGCGCCACGGCGACACGCUGCUGCUCGCCGCCCGACGUAAUUGGGCUGAUGGGUCAGGCGAUGGCCAAGCCCAGCGCGGUCAGCAAGCCCUUGGCGCGCGUAUCAUGGCGACAGGCAACGCCCCUGUACCAGGUGCGGCAAUCAUCGACAUUCUGA